GCGAUUGCUUGCAAUCUCUGCACAGCAUUGCGGUCGCCAAUACAUUUAUAUACAAGACUACGAAUCCGCUGCAUGUAUCUGCAUGUUGCUUUCGCUCCAUACGCUAUACGCAUAAGUAGUACCAGGCAAAACAGCGUCAAAGCUUCGUCAGCACAGACUCAGAGCCUCAGCUUGGGCUGCGUUUGUUUAUUGUUACAACUACAUCCGAAUCCUGCCGGCAACCAUGAGACAGCAACUCGGCAUUCAGUAGUCUGCAUGAAUAAGCAGCGCUUCUUCAUUGUGUUUAAACCACACUCGUCGCGUCAUGGCGGGAAUCGAGCAGAUCGUUGUGCAUUCGAAGAGCUACGUUGUCCGCUGGAUUCAAGUACCUGAACAUCAUUCGAUAUCGUGGUCAAUACAGCCUAAUAAGAAGAGCAUUAACUUUGGCAUAUUCAAGCAUCCAGGCACCAAGAAUGGGCAGACGCCGGCGCUGCCUACAGAGGAGGUAGUCGAGAAUAAUGCGCGGGACAUACCAGCUACACUGGCGCUGGAUGGGUCGGAGAGACUUACUCAGGUACCACGGAGAGCUUCUGUGAGCGAAGGAGAGAGCAAGGUCGUGGAGAAGCUGCAAAAUGUUGGGAUUAGAGCAGUCGCUUGGGCUGGAAGAUGCGAAGCAGACAAGGUUGCAAUGGGGCGAUACGAUGUUCCGACGGGCGAGGGAGGAGCGUACGGACUGGUGUUCGACAACACAUUCUCCAAGCAGACGUCCAAGAACAUCACCCUGGUGCUGAUGACGCAUCCAACGAAUGCGCCUCCUAAAUCAGGACACCACCUGCAUUACACCCAGGCAUUUGGAAACAACAGCACUAACACUGUUGGAAAGGGCAGCAGUCCGUCUCUGAGACCGAGCGGGACGGAAAGUAAGGGCGUAGAAGGGACAGCAUUCUACACGGGCAUGUUGUACAAAAAGAAACGGAAGAAGGGUCAGGGAUACGCAAAGCGAUUCUUCUCGCUGGACUUUACAUCUUCGACUCUGUCGUACUAUCGCGACCGACAUUCUUCGGCCCUGCGAGGAGCCGUGCCAUUGGCGCUCUCUGCUGUUGGCGCCAAUGAGAAGACUAGGGAGUUCUCAGUGGAUUCCGGCGCGGAAGUCUGGCAUCUCAAAGCACUGAACAAGAAGGAUUUUGAAGGAUGGAGGGUGGCGUUAGAGCGAGCAGCCAGCGGCGCAUUUUCUGCUCCUGCAACACCGAUGAACAUCUUGGAUGGCUUUGUUUCGUCCAGGGUCCCCAACCCGGAAGAAGAUCGAGAAUGGGCGAGAGUGGAACAGCUGGUUAGCAAGGUCGCCGGCACGCGUGAUGCUGUCAGAGGGCUCGCGAAAGACACGGAUCCAAAGUAUCUGGCCGGGGCUAAUGGCGCUGGUCUGGGACUGACCACAUCUGGUAGCAACAGUAACAAUCCUAGUCCGACCUCUUACGAUUCUGCUAGCCAAUACUUCCCGGAGGUUGAUGAGCGCGGCGAGAACAAGCGGCCUUUCUGGAAGCGCAAGCCGAGUGUGGAUCGCAGUCCGUCAGCGCUAUUUCGCAGAAGUGUAUCCGCACAGCUCGCACAAUCGAUUCACGAUCCAGAUGUUCACGAAAGAUGCAUGGCAUUGCUGCGUGAUUUGGACGAUGUGGUCUCCCAAUUCUCGCAGUUGAUUGCAGAGAGCAAAGCGCGCCGGAUACCGCCUCUACCGACUGCAAACUCAAGAUUGUCUUUGGACUCUGUGGACAGCCAGGAGUUUUUCGACGCAGAAGACGGUGCUGGAGGCCCAUCUCAGCUUCUCGAUAUUAGGCGUUCGGGCGAAUUUGAGAGACAAGGCGAGGAGGAAAACCUGUUUGACGAUCGGACCGAAGCCGAUUCAGAUACAAGCAGUGACGCUGGCGAUGGCCCAGCUGGAUCUGUCACAUUUACACCAAUGACCAAGACUUCACAGUCGCCGUUGUUUCCUGGUAGGCCAGAAAAGCUGCCACCACUGCCACUACCUCGCGUGAAGAGGCGUUCGACAGUGACCGGACCGAAACAGCCACCACCGAGCAUCAUCGGUUUCCUGCGAAAGAAUGCCGGCAAAGACCUCAGUACUGUUUCAAUGCCGGUGACGGCCAACGAGCCUACAUCGUUACUGCAACGCUUGGCUGAGACGAUGGAAUAUCCCGAACUCCUGGACGCUGCUGCCGGUGCGGCAACUGCAGCUGAGCGGACGCUCUACGUUGCAGCUUUUGCCGUCUCAUACUAUUCAUACAAUCGUGUGAAGGAACGCGCGGUGCGGAAGCCGUUUAACCCGAUGCUGGGUGAGACAUUCGAGCUUGUUCGCGAGGAUCUAGGAUUUAGAUUCCUGGCAGAGAAGGUCAGUCAUCAUCCAGUGCGCAUGGCGUGCCAAGCAGAGAGUCUGAACAACGGCGGCUGGUGCUAUACACAGUCACCGAAGCCGGAGCAGAAGUUCUGGGGCAAGUCAGUCGAACUCAACACCGAAGGCAGAGCUCGGGUUGUCCUAUUCGACUCUGGCGAUCGUUUCUCUUGGAGUCAGGCAACAUGCUUCUUGCGAAAUGUGAUCGCAGGCGAGAAGUAUGUGGAGCCGGUGCAGACCAUGACCAUUCAGAACGAGACCAGCGGUCUACGUGCUGUGGUGUCAUUCAAGUCUGGCGGCAUGUUCUCCGGUCGAAGCGAAGAUGUUACAGUGCAACUCUUCGAAGGAGAAUCGCCUUUGCCAAUCGGACUAGAGGGCAAGUGGACAGACUCACUGAAGCGUUCCGACUCUGGUGAGACUAUCUGGAGAGUGGGUUCGCUUGUGCCCAAUGCCGGAAAAGUGUAUGGCUUCACUACGUUCGCGGCGGCGCUGAACGAGAUCACCGAGAUCGAAUCAGAUCAUUUACCUCCGACUGACUCUCGACUACGACCUGAUCAGCAGGCUCUGGAAAGCGGCGAGAUCGACAAAGCCGAAGGACUGAAAGCCCGUCUGGAAGAACGUCAACGUGCUCGUCGAAAGGUGCUGGAAAGUCAUGGGCAGACCUGGAAGCCACAAUUCUUCGACAAGGUCGAGACCAACGAAGGCGAAGAAGAAGUGUGGGUAUUGAAGGAGCAAGGCGGGUACUGGGACAAACGUGCUGCCAAUGACUGGAAGGGUGUCCAGCAGGUAUUCGAGCUAUAG